AUGGCUUAUCGCACUAAUGGGGAGCAUGAACAUGAGCGAGACCGCCAUAUCUUGAAGCCCUUCUCAGCGCCCCCCACGACAUCCCCCACCUGCGAAGAAUUACUACCCCGGUACUUCAUCGUCCGCCCAGAUGUCACAAAGCAUACCGCAUGUGGCACAGUCACCAUCAAGGGGCCCAUGGUGCCCCUGAUCCCCAUUGACCAGCUUCCUCCCUGGCUCGAGGUCGUCGACGUUCCCCGUGAGCUAGAUAUUGAUCAGAUGAAGGGUCUCAUAAAUCUUGGCGAGAGCCGCAAGGACUUCGAUUCAUUUGAAGUCUACUUCGUAGACAGUAACGAUGAAGAACUGUCCUUCUCUGAUACCGAGGGCUGCGGCGCUACUGGCGUCACCGCUGAAAAAAGCAUCAUUGACGGCCAGUCGCAAGGCAAUACUAAUGCCAACAAGUCCAGCCGCAGACGAGGGGAUCGACGCCACAAGAACUGGAACCAACAGCAGGAUGGCUCGAACCCGGAGCCUUCCACCAGUAGCGACAGCUGCAGCGGUGACGCGGCCGAGAGCGUUUCCUCGUUCAAGGCCUCGGCAUCGAGCAGCACAGAUGCUGCAUUGAACUACCACCCCCAAGCCACGACAACGGCGGCCACCAAGGGCGGCCUCAAGAAUAGUCGCCACGCCGCCACCACCCAUUCAGCGCCCCCGAGCCCGAUCGUGACCCUGAACGCCCGGGUUCCUUCACUACCCUCCGCAAGCCCGGGUCCGUUAAACCGCUACACCAUGCUGCCCCGCCGCAACGGCGGUCCCAUCCCACAUCCGGACCGCCCUGCCUCGCGCUUGCUCAGCACCUUCGCGCCCGCCCCCAACGGCCACUACUCGCCCGCUCGACCCUCUAGCUCACCAGCUCGCGCCAACCUUCACCACCACCACCACAACAGAAACAACAACACACCGGCGUACCGCAGCAGUAGCCGCAGCAACCCGAACGCCAACAAUAGCAGCAGCAACAGCACGGUCUUCUGCCGGCACUUCUGCCACCACGGGACCUGCAAGUGGGGACAGGUCUGCUACUACAAGCACGGGAUGCCGUGCACGCCGGACGGGCUGCGCGAGGUGGGGCUCGCCGACUUCCCGGUCUGGUACAAGGCGGGCAUGGCUUUCUACUCGUACAUGAACAACGGCGGCGGCGAUGGCCACGGUGCCAUGACGCCGCCUGGGAGCGGCGUGGGCAUGGGCGUGGGUGGUCCCAGUGCUGCCGUGUCCGACUUGAGCGAGAAGGACCGGAGGGGGUUCCGGGAGCGCCUUGAGAGACAGGGAAUGAUGGCCAAGACGGCCAAGGAGAGACAAGAACCACAGCAGCAGCAGCAGCAGCGUAUGGGGGGUUGUAUCAGUGGCAAGAACAAGAGCAAAGGUAAGGAGAAGAGGAGGGUUGAGAGCAUCCUGAGGGAAGACACGAAUAAGUCAGGUCAUGUGUCCAUGGAUGAGCAGGAUGGCAGAGUCUUCAUUCCCGAGGAGACGCUGGAGACUCGGUCAAGACAGGUCGAGGAAGAAGAUACAUAA